AUGAGUUCAGAAAAAAACGCAACACCGCCACCGUCUAUUUUGUGCGAAAACAACUGUGGAUUUUAUGGAAACAGAGCAAAUAAUAAUUUGUGCUCAAAAUGUUAUAGAGAAUUUUUGGAAAAACAAAAAAAAGAAAUGUCUAACAUCGAAAAAAUAAAAGAUAAAAGUAUGUCCGAUACAAUGCAUAAUUACAAUAAAAUAAAUGAUUUAAUUGAUCCACAUUAUGCAAAAGGAAAGGAUAAGGAUGAAAAAAAUGAAGUAAAUGAGCAAAAAAAUAGCAAUAUAAAUUUAGAAGAAAAAAAAUAUAUUAAUAAUAAUAAUAGCGCAAAUGAUGUCAAUAUAAAGAACGACAAUAAAAAUAUUAACAGUGAUCAUAAUACAAAAAAUUAUAUUAACCAUGAAAAAAAUAACAAAAUACCUGUUAGUAGUGAUAACAAUGCUGAAAAAGCUGUUUAUGAAAAAAUGGAAAGUUCAACGGAUGGCCAAGAUAAAAGCAAAUGCUAUCUAUGCUCAAAAAAUAUUGGAUUAUUAGGUAUAAAAUGCCGAUGCAAUUAUUAUUUUUGUUCGCUUCAUAGAUAUGCGGAUGCUCACAAUUGUACCUUUGAUUAUAAAAAUUAUCAUAAGCAACAGCUAAUCAAAAACAAUGUUAAAGUUGUAGCAGAUAAAAUUAACAAAAUUUAA